CACAUCCCACUUUACUCUGUGCGCGUCUGAGUGAAGAGAGACUGUGAGCGUAGACGGAGCAGAGGAGGUGAAGUGCACGGCAAUGACAGGCAGCAUCCAGGGACUGCAGAGGUUUGAGAGCCCGGGGAAAGGCCGAGCUCUCCGCGUUACCAGAGCCUUUAAAGUUGGAGAGCUGCUGUUUUCCAGCGCCGCGUACUCGUAUGUGCUGUCAGCCAAAGAGAGAGGCUGCUACUGUGAGUUCUGCUUCAGCAGAAAAAACGGUUUGGCAAAAUGUGGCAAGUGCAAGAAGGCUUUCUACUGCAAUGUGAAAUGCCAGAAAGGGGACUGGGCCAUGCACAAGCUGGAGUGUUCGGCAAUGACGGCGUUCAGAGAGAAAUGGUGCCCGUCAGAGACGGCCCGCCUGGUGGCCCGGAUCCUCGCCAAGAAGAAAACGCAGAAAGAACGAUGUGUGUCUGAGAGGAUGUUGCUCAUAGGGGAGAUGCAAUCACACGUGGAGGACAUAGACAAUGAGAAAAGAGAGAUGAGCGAGGCAGACAUCGCUGAACUGCAUCGCUUUUACUCCAAAAACCUGGAUUUUCCUGAUCACAAAGACCUGCUCACGCUCUUCUCCCAGGUUGCCUGUAAUGGUUUCACUGUCGAGGACGAUGAACUUUCCCACUUGGGUACUGCAGUUUACCCAGACGUGGCACUGAUAAACCACAGCUGUCUUCCCAGUGUCAUAGUCACAUAUAACGGGACAUCAGCUGAAGUUCGGGCUGUGCGGGACAUGAAGCCUGGAGAUGAAGUGCUCAUCAGCUACAUAGACCUGCUUUAUCCAACAGAUGACCGCAACACUAGACUGCGAGAGUCCUAUUUCUUUACCUGUGACUGUCAGGAAUGUGAAAGCAAGUCCAAAGACAAGGCCAAGUUGAAGUUACGUAAGAAGAGUGACCCCAUCGAGCCGGAGGUCAUCAGCAACAUGGUGCGCUACGCCAGGAGAAGCAUCAGAAAGUUCAGAGCUCUUAAAAAUGAAAAAGCCCCUAGUGAGCUGCUGGAGAUGUGCGAACAGACCCUGGAGGAGAUGGGAACCGUCUUCCACGACUCCAACGUCUUCAUGCUCCACAUGAUGUACCAGGCCAUGGGCGUGUGUCUCUACAUGGACGACGUAGAGGGAGCGAUCAGAUACGGAGAGAAGAUCCUCCAACCUUACAUGCAGCUUUACCCGCCCUACUCCCUGAAUGUGUGCUCCAUGUACCUGAAGAUGGGCAGACUGUAUAUGGUGAUGGAGAAACACGCAGGGGGCAUUAAAGCUCUCAAGAAGGCGAUGGCCAUCAUGGAGGUCACUCACGGGAAAGAUCACUUCUACUUGACUGAGAUGCGCAAAGAAAUAGCACAGAAAUGAAAAGAGAGGCAAGAUGAUGAUGCUGGAGGUGACUUUGGUGUCCCUGACUGACUGCAGACACUCCUUUUGAUUCGGCGUUUUACAGAACUGUACGCACUUUCUCCUGCUUUUGUUAGUGGAGUGGAGAUACAGAUGAAUAUACAGCAGUUUUAGUUGUGAGAAGACAGUGGAUUUCUGACUCCUUUUCCCACCAAUCACCUGUCACUGAUACUGUGAGAGUCUCCGAAUAUUUCAAGGUAAAAGGAAAGCCCUUCUUAAUAAAUACAUUUGUGGCCACAGUCUUAAAGAAAAUAAGGCUUUAUUGCAUAAUAAGCAAGUUUGACAGUUUCGUACAUGUCUGGGGAGAGAAAAACAAAAGACUGACAACGCAUAUACAAAACCUAUUUACACAUACUUUGAAACGUAUUCAGGAAUUUGGCCGAAAGAAAGAAAGAAAGACUGGGGGGGAAAAAUUAAAUAUUAAUAAAGAGUGGAAUGCCUUGUGAGAGAAUACUGUCGUAAAAAGAGAACUGAAGUGCAACAAAACACUUAUAUGUCAAGAGAGAGCUUAUACGUAUCCAAGAAUAUAUACAUUGAAAUAUAUGUAAAAAAAAAAAUGCAUGCAUAGUUUAUUAUGUUGCGGUAUUUUUAGGGUACCAAGUCAAAAAAAGAAGAAAGUGAUAUAAAACAUUUGUAGAAAUCUUUUCUCACAUGUCCGUUAUGUACAAAGUUAUUUUUUUGGACACGGCUGGCUUUGCAUUACAUUUAUUUUAACAUGUAACAGAUCAUUCUGUAGAAGGUGGUUUCAGAUACUUGGAAACACAACACAGUACUAACUGGGUUUGGAUCAGGUGAGUACACACAACUGCCUUUUUAUGGCAAAGACUUAACGCUUAUGUUUCAAAAACAAUCCCAGAUUUCAGACUUCUCUGGCUCCUGGUGACAAAUCCUUACCUGAGAGUUAGGUAAAUGAUUUCAAAUGUUAAAGUAGCUUUUAUACCAAAAUAGCAAUCAAUAAAAUUACUGAUUUGACGAUUUCAUUUUUUGGAGGUUCCCGUUUCAUGUCUCAACGCAGCAUCAUAAUACAGUAUCUGCUACAUAUACAGUAUAAGGACACAGUUUCCUAUUGACUGCAGAUGCCAACGCUCGGAUAUUUAUAAAGUAUCUCCAAUCAACUGGAGAGGAUUUUGAAAUGGUUAAAAGAGACGGCAAAGAGCGGAGAUUCAAGGAAACCGCUGCUGAAAGGUCCUUGGUUGAAAUGUGUGGAGAGAAAACGGGGAGAACUGGGAAGAAAAGACGAGAUCAAAAGACCCGACAUGCUUGUCAGUGAUCUGUACAACGGCAAACUUGACCUCAUUGUUGAUAGAAAUAAAUAAAAUUAAGAAAAAGUAAAUAUUUGCUGUAUUCAUUAAUACUCUUGUUAAAAAAUAAAGGGCACAUUUUCAGAACA